AUGGCUGACGAGAAGAGACAGCGGCGCACCGAGCUUGACAAGCUUCAAGAAGAGCUUGGUCCGUAUUUCAAGUCGAAGCCGUCGCCGCGUCGCGAGGGCAGCAUGUCGCAGCGUAACAACCGCAGCGGGCGCGGGUCCGGCCGCAACGGCGGGGGCGGCAGCGGCGCCCACCAGCAGCACGGCGAGGAGGUGCAGAUCUGGGACGCGUGCAAGUCCCAGAUGGCCGAGAUCGUCGCCGGCAUCAACGCCGAGAACAACUCGCUCGGCGAGCUCGUCGACAUGGACAAGCGCGUGGGCGCCAUGGACCCGGACCGCAUCCCCGGCGAUUCGCUCAAGCAGAUGGAGCAGCUGUGCCGCAAGGGCGUCAAGUUUAGCGAGGCCAACAUUGCGAGCCUGAAGGCCGUGACAGAGCAGCUUAAGAUCCUCAAGGCUGUCGUGGUGGCCAAGGAACAGUCGGAGUCGGCGGCGGCCGCCGGACCGAGCAAGCGGACAGCUUCUACGAGGGGGGAGAGCGCCGCGGCGGCUGCUGCGGCAGCGGCAGCGGCGUCGUCACUGUACGACUUUGACGGCGCCGGAGACUCGCCCAUGCCGAGCCCCAUCGGCGGCGAACGCGGCGAGCGCGAUCGGUCCUCCAAGCGUCAUGGCGGAGACCGUUCCAGCAACCGCGACAGGGACAGCAUGCCACCCAAGGCGGACAGCGUCGAGCCGCCGACGUCGGUGUCGGGGGGCGGCUCGGGCGGCACCAACAAGUCCAAGGUGGUCUUCUCCAAGGGCGACGCCGUGGCGUUCAAGCCCAAGGCGGCAAACGGCGAGCAGUCGUCGGACUGGAUCCUGGGCGAGGUGGCGGCUGUCAUGGGCGAGGGUAAGUCGCGGCGCUACAAGGUGCUGGACAUUGAGCCCGACGACCAGAGCAAGCAGAAGGAGUACCGGUCGAGCGCGAGCAGCAUGAUUGCCAUUACGCCGGAGAGCCAGGCGGGCAGCCUGCGUGACUGGGACUCGGGCAAGAUGGUGCUGGCGCUGUACCCGCAGACCACGACGUUCUACAAGGCCGAAGUAGACAGCAUGGCCGACGACGGCCGAGUCAACCUCCGGUUCGAGGGGGAGAACGACUCGACGAUGCUGCAGCAGGUGGAGCGGCGGUUCGUGAUUGAGUACCGAGCGUAA